AUGGCUUCAACCCAAACGGACAAGAAGAUUGUCGAAGGUGAUGAUAUAGAGUCUCAAAAGAUUGAGGAUGGAAUUAUUGAGGACUUCAUCACGCCACGGUCGCUCUCGGGACUUCUGAAGAAACUGGCCACAGCAGGAGUGGAAAUGCGAGGCCUGGAGCCUAUUCCAGAGGAGAGGCGAACCCACACAAAAUACUACAAUAUCUUCACUUUAUUUGGUGGUUCAUUCUUGUCUAUUUUACCAUUGAGCAUCGGAACGACUCCAACCCUUGCCUUUGGGCUUUCAUUCACGGAAGCUGCUGCUAUGAUUGUUACUAUGCAAUUAGUUUUUGUUUUGCCAACGCUUUACAUUCUGACUUUAGCUCCUCAACUGGGGAUGAGGCAGUCGGUCCAAUUCCGUUAUGUAUUUGGAAAAUAUCCAAACACGCUUAUCAGCCUGAUUGUGAUUCUUGAAGUCCUUGUAUUUGGGAUUUUGGCUACGGUCGCUGGCGCUGAAUGUCUUGCAGCCGUGAGACCAGGUGCUUUGCCGAUUGAGGGUGCAAUUGGGAUCAUCCUCGCACUCGCUUUCUGCAUUGGGUUUAUUGGAUAUAAGGCUCUUCACUUCAUCUGUCAGUAUAUCUGGAUUCCAACGGGAAUCUCGCUUUUAAUCUUCGUUGGCUGCGCUGGAAGUAAGCUGUCCAUUCAAACGCCAGCCACCUCCUUCGGCGCCGCGCCAUACCUGGCCACUAUCUCCAUCUGUGCAUCAAAUAUGGCCACGUGGGGAACCAUUGUUGGAGAUUACGCCUGUUAUAUGCCUCCACAAGCGCCGCGCCUUCGUCUUGCGUUCUAUUGCUUGAUGGGUCUAUACGUGCCUUUCACCCUCAUGAUGAUCCUCGGGGCUGCGAUCGGAGGCGCCAUUCCUGCGAUCCCCUCGUGGACCGCUGCCUACGAACAAGGUAGCCUUGGGGGAGUACUAGGAGAAAUACUCAUUUCUCGUCUCGGUGGAUUCGGUCGGUUUAUACUCAUCAUUCUGGGACUCUCGAUUGUCACUACCGCUGCACGUGAUAUGUACAGCAUGUCCCUGUUUACCGUCGCUGUUGUUCCAUGGCUUGGAAGAAUCCCUCGGGUGUUGAUAUUGUGCUGCGCUGCUGGCAUCAUGAUAGGUGUCGCAAUUGCGGCCUCCAGGUCUUUUCUCUCGACUUUGAGCACCCUCGUGAGCAUCGCCGGCUAUAUGACUGGGCCGACAGUCUGCGUAUUUCUCAUUGAGUGGCUUUAUUUUCGCAAGGCGGAUCCCUCAAAUCUGGACCCUGCGAUCUGGAAUGAUGCCACAGCUCUGCCUUCGGGAAUUCCGGCGAUCAUUUCGAGCUUGGUCCCCUGGGCUUUGAUUGUUACCUCCAUGUCGACGAGCUGGUAUGUGGGGCCGAUUGCAGUGCGAGUUGGGGAUCUGGCGUACGAACUAGGUACGGUCAGCGCGGGGAUUCUGUACUUCCCAUUACGAUUGAUCGAAACCCGCUAUUUCAGAUACAGAUAG